CUAGGGCUCUCGGUCUGGUACGUGUAUUGAUAUACACGUGUACACGUAGUCCGUACUUUAAAAAGUAAAAUGUAUGAAUACCCGUGUAUUUAAUUACACGUGUUUUGAAGUUCGUGUACACGUGUAUUAAGAUACACGUGUAUUAAAAUUGUAUCUACCCGUGUAUUAAAAUUACCCGAGUGUUUAAGGUCUGUAGUUUUUAUAAACUUAAAAUAAAUAUUAUUUUGUAUUUAUAAUUUGGAAAUAUUGUAAGAUUAUCUGUAUAUAGUGUUAUAUAAUGUAAUGUCAGAUAAGAUACGUCUGAUACAGCGGUCCUCGACAGUCGACGACGGGCAAUCGGCUGUUGUUUAAUCGCAGUAAAACCGUACCGUACCUAUGUAACGUACGUGUCGUAUAAAAUAUAAAUAGCACAUUAUUUUGAGUGACUUUUAUUUCAUUUAUUUCAUUUGUGUGUUGUACAAAAUUAUAUGAAAUUUUUGUUCACGUAUGUAUUUAUUGUAAUUGUUUCAUUAAUUUAUAAAAUGAGUAAUAAAUGUAAGAGUUGGGUGUGGAUGUACGCUAAACGUCAAGGCGAUAAAGCUUAUUGUGAUUUGUGUACGGAAAAUGAAAAUAAUGAAUUUUGUUGUAUUGGCGGAACAACAGGAUCUUUGGGUAGACAUUUGAAAACUAUACAUGGUAUAAAACCACUCACCACUGUAACACGAAGGGUUGCUUCUAGUCGUGAGCUGGAUAAUGCCGAUACCUUAACCAGUUCAACUAUGACUUCCAGUUCUUCAGAAGUACAAAGUUCGGAAAUUGGUGCACCAAUACCUAGAAAACGACGACGAACUUAUAAGAAUCAGGAAGACGAUCGAAUUUGCAACUCCGAUAAAACAGAGCAGAUACAUCAAGCAUUAGCAAAAAUGAUAGCCUUGAAUCAAAUGCCCCUAUCUUUUUGUUCAAGUGAAGGAUUUAAACAGUUUAUGACAGUUGUCGAACCUAACUACAAAAUUUGCAAGGAAGGAGCAAUAAAAUCAAGAUUGAAAGCAUUAAAAUCAUCAGUAAAAGAAAUAAUUCAAAAAAACUUGAGAGAUUCGAUAAGUAUAGCUUGUACAUCUGACUGUUGGUCAUCGAUAUCUCAACAAAGCUAUAUUACAGUUAGUGCUCAUAUAAUUGAUAAUCAAUGGUGCCCAAAGUCGUAUACACUUACUACACAUGAAAUGGAGGAAUCUCAUAGUGCCGUAAACCUUGCUCACCAAUUAAAAAAUACAUUUGAUAAAUGGGAAAUUGAAACAAAAAUUAUGGCUGUCGUUACAGAUAACGCAAGAAAUAUAAUAAAUGCUGUAAAUUCACUGACGAAUGUAUCCGAAACAUAUGAUUUAACCUGCGCUGCUCAUAGUAUUCAACUCGCUGUCAAUAAUGGAUUACAACAAGAUGGCAUUGAUACAGUUAUUCAGUUAGGUAGUAAAAUGGUAGGUCAUUUUAAACAUUCUAAUUUGGCUAAACAUGCUUUAACAAAAAUGCAAGAGCAGCUGGGAUUAAACCAACUAAGUCUCAUACAAAGUUGUAAAACAAGAUGGGAUUCUGUUUAUAUGAUGUUAGAUCGUCUUUAUACAAAUAGAUGUGCUGUAACCAACGUCUUAGCUGACCGCAGUAUAACUAAUGUUGCAAUUGCAAAAAAGUUGGAAAUUUCAGAAUGUGACUGGACAAAAAUGGAAACUUUAGUAGCUUUGUUAAAACCAUUACAAGUUGUAACAACAGUUUUUUGUGGCGAAACUCAUUCACCGGUAUCAAUGGUUAGACCUCUAAUUUCAAAAGUGAUUGAAAAACAUUUGAAAAUUAAUACAUUUGAUAGUGAAGUUGUUGUCAAUUUUAAACAGACAGUGGUCUCACAACUAAUAGAACGUUUUAAGCUUAAUAAUUUGACAAACAUCAUAUCUGCAAGACAAGUAUCAUCAUUUUUAGACCCAAGAUAUAAAGAUUUGGAACAUGAGGAAAUCGAAGUAAGAGAAAAUAUCCGUUGCAAAGUACAAAAUUUACUGGUCGAAACGAAUACUUCGGAAAAUAGAGUGGAUAAUGAAGUUCCUAUCCAAACAAAGAAAGGAGCACUUGAAUUUUUAUACGGCGAUGAAGUUCAUGAAGUCAAUGAUGUUUCGACGCAAUUCCAAUGUUACCUUGCAGAACCACAACUGAGGUACGAUUUCGAUCCAUUUGAAUGGUGGAAGUCACAUGAAAAAAAAUAUCCUCUAGUAGCAAAGGCAGCAAAGAAAUUUUUGUCAAUACCAGCCACAUCGGUAAGCUCAGAAAGAUGUUUUUCAACUGCCGGGAAUGUGGUUACACCCAAAAGAAACAGUUUGGCACCAGAAAAUGUCAAUAUGUUAGUAUUUUUAUAUCAAAAUCGUCAACUUAUGUUAUAACACUUUCAAUAAAAUAGGUAAGUAUUUUUUUUUGACAGUUAUCUUGUGACUUUUUUCUUUGUAAAUGUAUUAUUUACUGAUAAAAAACCUCUGAAAUUUAUUCUCAAUUAUUGUAUUUAUAGUUUAAAAAAUUAUUUUUGUUAUUGU